AUGCCCAAUCCUGCGUAUCUUUUCGUUCAAGUCCAACACACGGGAAAGGUUGCUCCUCGCAAGGAUGUUCGUACAGCUAUCCAAAAACAUGUCAUGCGAGACAUCGGAGCUUCAAGGCGUGGCAGGCCCCGUCGCAAGGCCAUUGACAAGCAAGCCUCAGGUCAAUGUCAAGUCCCAGUCUCAACAGGGGCGAUCAUGGCUCCUUCACUAGUCUCCGGUGGCACUCGGACGAAUCCUUUUGCUAGCUAUCCAAUCCCUAUGAACUCAGAUACAUUCUUCUUAAUCGACUAUUCACCCCGUUUGCGCCCGUUCAGAGACACCUGGCUUCCCCUCGGCCUGUCAGACCCGGCACUCUUCUACGAGAUUCUCUCGCAUAUUUCUCUUGAUAUCGCAGCUGUAAAUCCUGGAUAUUCAGACCGCGGCCGAAGCAGAGCGCUGGAACUGCAUCUCCUUGCCCUUCGAGAUGUGAAUAGGAGGCUAGAGGAUCCGUGUCAAGGGUUGAGUGAAGGGGUCAUUGGGGCAGUUCUUGCUUUCGCGUGUUUCAGUCACAUAGCCAAGGAUUGGAAGAGCUAUGAAGCGCAUAUGGAGGGUUUGCGGACUAUCAUCCGGCUGAAGGGGGGCCUGCACAAGCUCGACAAUAAUCGAAUCUUGAGGCUUCUACUCUCGGGCAUCGACGUCUCAGCAUCCUGCUUCAACAACGCGCCAGUAAAAUUCCCGCUCCCGCUGCGCGCGCUCUCUCAGCGUCGAGAAGAACGCCAAGAGGUGCCGUGGUGGCUCCCCGUCGGCGACACGGGCGGCGACAAUGUGUGGGAGCUUGUCUUUCCCUCCGACGACACCUUAGCCGAGAUCUUCAGAGACGUGGCGACUACAAUCAUGACGGUGAAGCUGGAGCACAGCCGAAGCGGACGGCCACUGUGGCAAGAUACCCAGUUCGUCCGCGACUAUAUUGAUCCGCUCACGCACAGACUGCUCGAUACUAGUAUCGAAACAGACGCGGUGAAUCGUUCGAAUUUCGUGAAUGAGUGCUCCCGCCUCGCGGCCCUCCUUCUGCUCAGCAAGAUCAGACGAGCGUCUUCUCCGCCUCUGUCUCCACGGAUCGUGUUCACGGGAAUCGAAACCGACAGGCUGCGCGCGCUUUUAGCACGAUACUAUAGCGAGUGGACGGUGUUCAAGCCGAUGCUGCUGUGGGUGCUGGUACUCGGUGCGCUGGAAGUGGAGGGAGAGGAGCGGGCGUGGUUUUGUGCUCUGAUACAGAGGACGGCGGAGGAGAUAGGGUUACGAGGGUGGGAUGAGGUAGUCGUCUCGGUGUCGAACCUGCUUUGGGUUGGAGAAGUGUUGCAUGCGGAAGGGGAGGCGCUAAGGGGGUGCGUUUGGAUGGAAGCUUGAGGGGGAUAAGAGGCUUGAGAUGGGAGGGUUCUGGUGGGGGUGGUAUUGAGAUCGAUUACUUUCUGUUGAAUGG